AUGGAGAGCCAUGGUGAAGCAUGGCCAGAGGGCCAACAUUCCCAGGAGGCUCCAGGAGGUGUUCGAACGGCCCCUGGAACUCAGGAAGAAUGUGUCGUUCUCUACUCGGAUACUGAGGACGACCCCUCACUCUUGACGGUCAAUGGAGCAGGCCCCCGAGCCCCCUUCCAUUGCUCUGAAUGUGACAAGAGCUUCCGCUACCGUUCGGACCUGCGCCGCCAUUUUGCCCGACACACCGAACUGAAGCCUUUCCAGUGCCCUCACUGUGUCAAGAGCUUCAAGCAUUCUUUCAACUUGGUGAACCACAUCCGGAGCCACACCGGGGAGCGCCCCUACCGCUGCACCAUGUGCCCCAAAGGCUUCCGGGACUCCACGGGACUUCUUCACCACCAGGUGGUCCACACUGGAGAGAAGCCAUACUGCUGUCAUAUCUGUGAGCUCCGUUUCUCCUCCCGCAGCAGUUUGGGCCGCCACCUCAAGCGCCAGCACCGGGCGUCUCCUGCCACCACAGCCCCUCAAGCGCCUACCCCGCGCUGCCUGGCCUGCGGCAAAGAGCAGAGUCCCUUGGGACACCUUUGUGCUGCCGGCCGAGGUCGGGCCGCCCCUUUCGGUUGUGGGGCCUGCGGGCGGCACUUCCAGUUAGCCUCUGAACUUCGCCGCCAUUGGCUGGCUCAUACUGACAUCAAACCCUUUAAAUGUCCGGACUGUGAGAGAGACUUCAAUGCUGCAUCCCUCUUGGAACGCCAUAAACUCACUCAUGCCAAGGACAGGCCCCUACCGUGCCAGCUUUGCUCCAAGAAAGCUCAGAAAAGGGAUGGGAGGAUGCUGGAACUGAAGGGCGUGGAGGAGCAGCCGAAAGGAGGUGAGCAGCAGCAGGAGGAGACUCAGCAGCACAGCAGAGGCUGUCCAUCCUGCCCCUCUCCUGAAACUCGCCCCCCAGACACGCUGUACCAGUGUGAGUGUGGAACAUUUUUUGCCAACAGCAACACCCUCGCAGCUCAUCUGACUGCCCACGGAGGCGAGCCCUCUUUCACCUGUGGCAUAUGUGGCCAGCCCUUCGUGAACUUGCAGGCCCUGGAGGAGCACCAGCUGAGCCACGCUGUGUCCACAGCACCACUACCAGGCCCGGGUAGCGAGCUAGAAUGCCACCUGUUGCCCCAGCUGGAUCUCCGGACAUUCCCGACUCAGCCUGGCAAGAAACUCUACAAGUGUAGCGAAUGUGAGAAAUUCUUCCGCAGUCCCCGAGAUCUGGACCGCCACGUCUUGGUACACACCGGUGAGAAACCCUACCAGUGCACUGAAUGUGGCAAGUUCUUCCGGCAUGAGUGUUACCUGAAAAGGCAUCGUCUGUUGCACAGCGGUGAGCGUCCUUUCAAGUGCACUGUCUGCCACAAGGGGUUCAUCACCCUGAGCAACCUCUCCCGCCAUCUCAAGUUGCACCGAGGGAUUGACUAGGAGGGCUACCCUGAUCUCCUAAGAAUAACCCUCCUUCCCCAGCACUGCAUUCUUCUACCUCCAUCCCACAGUGGCAGCCACAG